AUGUUUAAGCACACUCGGAGCAGAAAUGGCUGCGGAGCCUGCCGGCAAAAACGCAUCAAAUGCGAUGAGACCCGCCCUCACUGUCGGAGCUGUCAAGGACGCAAUGUUCAGUGCCCCGGCUUCGCUCGUCAGUUGCGAUGGAAGACAGCUUCUCUCACCUCGGGAGCUGUCCGAAACCACCCGCACAAGACGUUGGCCAUGCAACAAUUAUCGUCUGGUCCCUUGAGCGACUUUACGCAAGCGACCGCUGAACCCCUGAGCCUGGAUCCGCCUAUUUCACAGCACGUGGUCAUUGAUCAGAGUUGGCAGCAGAAGCCCACCAUGCACGCUACCGCCCAUGAUAGUCCUUUCGGCCAUGAUAAGGCCUCAUUGCAUUGUCCGCCCGUCACAAUUGCUACUAGUCCUCAGACAAGCAUCUUUGAAUCGCGCCUCGCUGCCAUCGAGGAGGGCGAGCAACAGCAUGAGGCCAACGUCGCUUCACCCACAUCCCCGCUGGAUAAUCAUGGGUCGCAAAAACCCACCGCUCCGCACAGUUCCACAAUGUGCGGUGAUUAUUUGCAGCGGACCGAUAUUGCUUCCCCCGUGCAAAUCUUAUUCUCAAACGGCUCUUCUUCUCCUCACACGGCAGUAUCCAGCGUGUAUGAUCUUUUUGAAGAUAAACCGCCUUCCACAUCAACCUCUCCAGACACGAGGAUAGAUAUUGGCCAGCAAUGUGUCGAUUCCAAUAACUUGGCCUUGACGAGUACAUCGUGGCAGCGCAACAUCUGGAUAGAUACCGAAAUCGAUAACAACUUGACGGGACACUACUUUGAGAAAACCUGUCAGAUCGUGUCGUGCUUCGACUCUCGUCGAAAUCCUUUCCGUAAAGACAUACCACCGAUCAUGCUCACCUGCGAAUACCUGAACGACUGCAUCAAAGCUCUGUCAGCAGCACACCUCGCGAAUUCGAUUCGCGACAUGGACAAUGUCGCCCUAAGAUAUCAGACCAAAGCAAUACGAGGGCUCAUGUCCGUUCUUCAAACAUUAGAGUUUCCAAGGCACUAUAAAAGUAGUGACAAUGGUUUAUCACGCGUAUCGGCCACAUUCGCACGAUACCAAGCGCUAGUGGCCGCUCUGCUACUUGCAAACAGCGCAGCCUGGGUUGAUGCUUCUGCAAUUGGUUUGGCCCAUCAUCAUGGCGCGAGACUGCUUUUCCAGGCAUGGUUGUCCGACGAAGGAAUCUACGAUGCAUCAACAAACCCUAUCGUACUAGAUCGUGAACAAUCCUUCAUAAUAGGCGCCAUGGUAAACCAGGAAUGUCUGCUUUCUAUAGUCAUUGAUCAGCCUGUUGAGUCACUGCAGUACUUGCUGCGUUUUGCUACACUUGCCCAAGAACAAAGGGUGUACCCUCAUCCCUUCACAGGUAUCAGUACACCCCUGUUCAUAUACCUUGCUGAGAGCCUUUUACUUGUUAGAAAAAAGCGAAAUUCAACGUCUCUGGGAGAACGGGGCUCCGAUUUCGAUAUUCAAAUUUCCAAAAGAGUUGGAGAACUGUACACGCUCGUCUUAGCCCAUCAACCUCCUUUGAUAACGUCUGUGGAUGCCACACAGGAUCCAAACACCUCUAUCCCCGAUCUGGUCGCCGUGGACGCGAUGCUUCGCCUGGUAAUUCUGUUGGAGCUUAUACAGAGUUUUCCUGAAGUCAUUGUAGGUGAUGCGCCCACAUGCCAAGUGAGGCAAACAAGUCUUGACCUCGCCAUUGGGAUACUGACUAUUGCGUCCCAUUUACCUGAACCAUCUGGUGCGAACAUCUUGCUAUCCAUUCCCAUUCUGUCCGCAGGCAGCGCACUGCAGUCUACAGAAAGCACCUUGAGCAAUGUCCAUCAAGGUUACGACCUCAACGCCAAUAACCUCGAUGCGCUCCGUAGUCAAAUAGCUGCUUUGGUGCAGCGUCCUGCUAAGCUGCAAAUGUGGCGGAAUCAAGUGUCAUUGCGCGUUGAGCGAUUACUGUCUCGCGUCAGCGUAGCACCAGUGCAACGGAUAAGCGCAAUUUUGGAAGCAGUCUGGCGCCAGGCAGACAAAGCAGCCAAUUCCGGCACAUGUACAUCAAGAAAUAUGGUCCAUUGGAUGGAUGUUAUGAUUAAAGAGCGUCUUGAAACGUUGUUCGGGUAG